CCAUUGUACCACCGAGUGCUGCGGGGCUUCCAUUGUCCGCACACUGAGGAGGGGACGACGGCCUUUCCCACAAUGUCAAACGAUCCGCCGUCCCCGAGCACUGCGAGACAAGAAAAUGCGCCGACCCCUACUACACCCACGAGACCCACCGGCGAACCCCUCGUGCACAAUUCCGCCUGGAGCUCUCCUUACUCGGCUCUGCUUCGAAAAAGUGCUUCACUGCCCAACUCUACCGUCAAUGCUGCAUGUGGUGCUGUGGCCGGUAUCGCUUCUGGUAUCGUAACGUGCCCCCUCGACGUCAUAAAAACUCGACUUCAAGGCCAAGGCUCCUGGCGCCCUCGGAACUAUGCGCGCCCAUCGCGCGUUGUAUAUCAAGGUCUUUUUGGUACUGCGCGUGUCAUCUGGGCGGAGGACGGCAUCAAAGGCAUGUACAGAGGACUCGGUCCAAUGCUGCUAGGAUACGUUCCCACCUGGGCAGUCUAUAUGACCGUCUAUGAUUCUUCCAAAGACUUCUACUAUACGCGAAUAGAAAAUAAGUGGUUGUCCCGCGUUUGUGCAUCCAUCACCGCUGGUGCAUGCUCGACUCUGGCUACCAACCCUAUAUGGGUCAUAAAGACACGAUUGAUGUCGCAAGUAAGCUCCCAUGCUUCCGCCGAGAAUCGUACACCCUGGCAUUAUCGGAAUACGUUUGAUGCUUUCCGGAAAAUGUACACUACUGAGGGGAUACGGGCAUUUUACUCCGGCUUGACUCCGGCUCUCCUCGGCCUAACCCAUGUCGCCAUCCAAUUCCCUCUCUAUGAGUAUUUCAAAAUGAGAUUUACCGGCCUUGAAAUGGGACAAAACACGCAAGCAGAUGCCGAUGUGCACUGGGUCAGCAUCCUCGGAGCGACGGUAUUCAGCAAAAUUUGUGCCACGUCGGCUACAUACCCCCACGAAGUUUUGCGUACGCGGUUACAGACUCAGCAGAGAACAAUACCUCAUAGUUCACAUGAAGACGUCGCUUUUCGAGGCAGUCAUCAGGGGCCUGGCCAUCUCACUCGCGGACCAGGCACCUCUUCAUCAGAUGGCAUGGUCAACCUCCCUCGAUACCGCGGCAUCCUGAAAACAUGCACAACGAUCUUGGCCGAGGAGGGAUGGCGUGCUUUCUACAGUGGCAUGGGAACAAACAUGGUCCGAGCUGUUCCGGCGGCCGUGACAACGAUGAUGACCUAUGAAACCUUGCGAUCGAUGCAUCAAAAGCUGAAGAACGAAGGCAGUGGGAUUAAUUGA